AUGAAGACGGACUGCAUCGAGAAACCACUGGCCGGUUUGUUUUACAAACUUGGUAAAUUAGUUGCACGCUGUCCAUGGCCGUUCAUUAUUAUCCCUGUUGUAAUAGCUGGGGGAUGUGGCGUUGGUCUUAUUCGACUCAGAAAUGUUGUGGACACCGAGUAUCUGUACACGCCAGACAAUGGCCCUGCUAAAGAGGAACGCAGAAUCAUGAGACAGUAUUUCCCUAUGGACUGGUCAACGAACUUUCAGGCCACGAGAAUGCUCACUUUAGAUGGUUAUGCGCGUGUUAUUUUUAUUCCUAAAGAUAACAAGAAAAAUGCUCUAUCGACGGAGAUUUUGGAAGAAAUCAUAAGCAUUGAUGCUGGUAUACGCAAAAUGAACUCAAGCGAUGGCAAAACAUAUGACUUCUACUGUGCGAAAUCAAAUGGAUGUUACAGUAAUAGUAUCUUAGAAAUCCUUAACUACACUGCCAGUGCUAUUAGUCACAUCAACCUGACAUAUCCAAUGUUUGAUCAGCGGUUUCUUGGAAAAGAAUUGGGUGGAGUAACAUUGCAAGAAGAUGGUCUUGUAAAUUUUGUGCAAGCAAUUCAACUUCAGUAUUAUGUUAAAUACGAAAACGCCAGUAAUAGGGUCGACUCUGAUGUCUGGCUUCGGGCGUUUAAAAAAUUCAUGUUAUCCAUUAAUACGAAUGAAGUUAAUGUCCAUUUUCUUACUUCAAAGUCACUAACAGAAGAACUGGAAACUGCUACUACUGGUAUUAUUUCAAAGUUUGCCAUAACGUAUACAAUUCUUUGUCUGUUUUCUGUUUUGGCUUGUCUCAUGUUUGAUUGGGUUCGGAGUAAGCCUUGGCUUGGAUUCAUGGGGGUAAUCACGGCGUGCCUUGCAAUAUUGACAUCAUUUGGGCUACUGUCUGCUGUCGGAGUGGAAUUCACCAGUAUCGUGGCAACAAUGCCAUUUCUCAUCAUAGGUAUAGGCUUGGAUGAUAUGUUCAUUCAAAUAUCAGCUUGGCGGCAGACAAGCUAUUACGACACGGUCGAAGAAAGAAUGGGACACACGUUCAAGGACGCCGCGAUGUCAAUAACAUUGACUUCCCUUACAAACACCCUUGCGUUCUGUAUCGGCGCCAUUACGGCAUUUCCAAGUGUACGUAUCUUCUGUCUGUAUACUGGUGUGGCGGUUGUAUUUUGCUUUAUCUAUCAGAUAACCUUCUUUGGAGGAUGUAUGACUCUACUCGGAAGAAGGGAAGGCGCUAACAGACAUUGCUACGCAUGUAUAAAGGUUCUGCCUAAGGAAAACGCUGGUAAUAAAACAUUAAUGUAUCGUUUCUGGUGCAGCGGUGGUUCUGAAACUCAUCACAAAGGGAUCACAAUUCAUUGGGGGACAGAGUUUUUCAAAACCUACUACGGACCAGCGUUAAUGCGCCCUGUGUCUAAAGUGCUCGUGAUAAUCACGUUCAUGGGUUACUUAGCUGUCGCUAUAUGGGGCGCAUUAAACCUACGAGAAGGAUUGGAGCUAAAAAACCUUGCUCCCGAUGACUCCUAUGCAACAAGUUUCUAUCACCAUGACGACAAUCUUUUCAACGUAAAAUAUGGCCCACGUCUGCAGGUGGCGAUCACACAACCUUUACACUAUUGGAACAAAUCUUCGUUAGGGCCAAUGGAGAGCUUGAUAGAUGAUUUUAAACAAUCGAAGUGGCUUUUCCCAAAUCAAACAUUGAUGGAGAACUGGCAGAAAGACUUUUCAGAAUAUCUUGAAUUGACAGGACAGACAAAUCUGAAUGGUACCCAGUUUAUUAAAAUACUCAAAGAGCAAUUUCUAACAAUCCCAGGCUAUAAACGUUAUGAAUUAGAUAUCGCAUUUAAUGAUAAUGAAAGUGUCAUAUCGGCAUCUCGUUUUCUAAUUCAGUCCCAUGGCCAAAACAGCGCAAAUGAACAAAAACAAUUCAUGAAAGAAGUAAGAGAUAUUGCUAAGCGUUCCAAAUUAAAAGUCACCGUUUUCCAUCCGGCAUUCAUCUUUUUUGACCAGUAUUCUGUUAUCUUAGCUAACACACUGCAAAAUAUUGGUGUGGCAGUAGCCGUUAUGUUGCUCGUUGCUUUACUCCUCGUACCGCAUCCUUUAAGUGCGAUCUGGGUAACGCUCAGUGUAUGCUCGAUAUCAACCGGUGUUAUUGGUUACAUGACACAUUGGGCUGUCAACUUGGACUCGAUCUCUAUGAUCAACAUCAUUCUCUGCAUUGGCUUCUCUGUUGAUUACUCUGCCCACAUCGCUUACCAUUUUGUCAUUAGUAAGGCUAGCAGCAAGAACUCAAAAGCCAUAGAUGCUCUGCAUUCUUUGGGUUUACCUAUUCUACAAGGAGCUAUGUCGACUUUACUUGGCGUUUUGGUACUUUCGACAGCAAAUACCUACAUAUUCCGUACUUUUUUUAAAACAAUGUUUCUUGUUAUUUCAUUUGGCUUCUUUCAUGGACUUUUUGUUCUUCCUGUUUUUCUUUCUAUUGUGGGCCCAGGUCCGUCAAACAGGAGCAAUAUAUCCGAGGCGGGAGGAAACACUGAGCUCAAUAUUUCGAGUCCAUCAAUUAUAAAUGACUCAGUAGGACAGGAAAAUGCCGGAUAUGUCGACAAGGAAAGCAAGGAUCAGCUACCAAAACCAUAA